AUGAGCCGUCCUGCUGGACCGUGGGUUGGUGGAGUUUCUGAUCUUAAUGCGACGUUGUACACUUGCGAAGCAUGGAAAACAGUUCCAGAAAUCAACGAAAAAAACGACGGAGAAUUUUAUGUGGUUCCAAUCAAGGUCUUGAAAGCCCAGAGACAAGUUGUCUCUGGAUUCAGGACUACUCUCGAGAUCUUGGUUGGAGAAUCCGAACGUCCCAAGGAAUCACUUCCAGUCGACCUUAUCACCGCAGCCAACAGUCUACUGAAAGAUAAUGGACAACGUGCCGUUUACAGAGUUGCAAUCUCAGAGAAGGGCAGGAACUUCCGUAAGGUUACCGCCGAGAAGGUCAGAGAUGUUAAGCCAUCGGAAGAAUUUUAA